AUGGCAAUACCGUCGUCUAAGCCACUCAUACUCGCACUUGUCGUGGCCGCUGUAGUGCUGGCGCAUCUGGCUUUCAACGAGCGACUGCAGUGCUUCCGUCGACCGAGCUGUCUACCCCAGGUUAAAAGAAAACACAGCGAGGUGGAUGAUCUAGCUAGAAGGCUCGGAAGAAUCGAGGCCUACUGCAAGAAAUACGCCGGCAUCUUACAGGCAGACAGCCCCGCGGAUAACUCGGUUAACACAAGCAGUUCAAAGUGCAAACAUGGCCCGCAAUCUCUGUACCUCGUGGACAGUCGCCGCUUUGCUUUCUGCUCUGUCCCGAAGGCUGCCACGUCGAGCAUCAAGGCCCUCGUUCUACUGGCCGAAAACGUUUCCGCGGUCGUUGGCGACGCUGAUGGAAUAUACACGGCUUUCCGGAGAAGGUUUCGUUUUCUGUGCCCCAGCGCCUACGUCAGAGAUCAUCUCGUCGCCAACUACACCAAGGGGAUCAUAGUUCGACACCCGUUUGAAAGACUGGUCUCGGCAUACGUGAACAAGGUUCGCACUACCCACCCGACAAUCAAGGGUGCCAAAAGAAUGUACAAAAGUGGCUUCCGUGGUAGAGGGCCCAACGGUACUUUCACGUUCGCCGAAUUCGUGAACAUCAUACUGAACACGUCUGUGGAGACCUGGGAUCCCCAUUGGGAGCCCUACACACGCCGAUGCAGGCCUUGUACAAUGAGGUACGACGUCAUUCUGAAGGUGGAAACACUUCACCGUGACCUGGACGUUUUGCUGCCGAAGAUUGGAUUAGCCGGCUGGUCGUUCCCGAAGAAGAAUGCAAAGACGGUUGCUGAAGAAGCCGACGCUGAUUCUGCGCAUUAUUUUGCGCAGCUCACGCGACAGCAGGUGCUUUUGUUGCACGCGAUCUACAUGUAUGACUUCGAGCUAUUCGGCUAUACACUUAAAGGGUAUGCAACUCCAGUGCAUUGA